AUGGUAGUUUGGUGUAAUGUAAUGCUGUAUGCUUUCAUGGGACACGUCCUCAAGAGACCGCCUUUGGCAUGAUGUCAUGAAAAACAUAAACAUGAGUUGCUGGCGUGUGUUUGGGUUUGAGGAAACACUGUGUCAGUGUGUCUCACGCUGAGGGGAGGGAGAGCAAACGUCUCCUGCUCUCUGUUUGUCUUGCUCAUUGGCUCGAAACGUGUCCUCACUGUCUGCUCUUUAUGUCCAGAUGUCUUGAGUCUCCGCCUUCCCUUGAGAUUCUGCAGACAGCAGUAAAGGUUAUCACAGGGAUUCUGGAUUUCAAUGCAACUCCCAACAAGAGAGCUUGAUCUCGUGAUCUUCUUGGACCAUGAGUGGUGUUGUGAACCUGAAGACGGUGUCUCAGAGCGGCUCUGGUAUUCCUCUGCCCCGGAGCCUCUCCAAACAGGACACCAGAGUCUUGAGGGGCGCUUUACUGGGUCCAGUCGCCCAAAACCAGCUGUCUGGACGAACAUCCACGUUAUCUUCCUCAGCCUUAUCCAUAUCAUCUCUAUCAAUCUCAAAGGAGUUACUUCGAGGGUCUUCACAGGGAACACAUGGGACGUCCGGUGGCACAAAAAGGCCCUCUUUUGCUCCCCGUUCAGCCCACAGCAGCCCACAUGUGCCCAGACGAGAGAUGAUCCCAUUCAAAAACAGCCUCCGGAGGAGCUCGUUGUCUCAGGAUGGAUCCAGAGACCUAGAGAGACACUCCAACAAGAACUGGAGAUCUGGCCAUCAUCACUUCAGGAGUCUAGACAAUGAGGUUGUUGAAUCUCCUCGAGAGCAACAGACGGGUCAAGCGCUUCGCAAGCCUACCAACGGGAACAUGAUUUGGGAAACGUCAAAUGCUGUUCAGAGGGACUUUCAGAAGCAGCGGAUGAAAAUGCUGGCUCAUGGUUACGGCAACAGAGGAACGAUUGCGUCUAAAUCCCAGGUGAACGUCACAAAUGAGGGUCCUCCACGCAUGGCAGCGGUGGCACCUUUCAGAUACGGGCUGCAGGUUGGAGAGGACACUGAAGCUUCUCUUGAGGAUCUGAGCGAUUGUUCCUCAGACUCUGUGGAAGUGUGCUGUGAGGAUUUCGAUCCCGAGUCUCAAAGGAAACGGACGGUUCAGAAUGUCCUGGACCUCAGACAGAACCUGGAGGAAACCAUGUCCAGCCUGCGAGGGACUCAGCUCAGCCAGAGUUGUCUGGACAGCAGCGUCUGCUACGACAGCGAUGAAACCAACGCUCGUAGUAUCUCCAGCCUCUCCAACCGCUCCUCUCCUCUCUCCUGGCGCCACGGACAGUCCAGUCCUCGUCUGCAAGCAGGCGAUGCUCCUUCCUCAACGGGCAGCAGCUAUGUGUUGGGCAGCAAGGCCUCAUCUCAGUACACCUCUCACACCAUGCCUGCCCGCUGCUCCAGCCGCCUCAGCCACACGUCACGCAGCGACUUCAUCGAAGGCCUGGACCCCGGAGACAGAGACCUCAAGUCUGGUUACCUGAGUGAUUCUGAUGUACUCUGCAAGAGCCUUAAUGACGACGACGAUGAAGACAAUCUGGCCAAUGGCUGGGACGAGAGCAGCUCCAUCAGCAGCGGUCUGAGUGAUGCUUCUGAUAACCUGAGCUCAGAGGAACUCAACGCCAGCUCGUCUCUCAACUCCCUCCCCACCACACCUGUGGGCUCGCGACGCAACUCCUCCGUCAUGUUGCGGACGGAUGCAGAGAAGCGUUCUCUGGUGGAGAGUGGACUGGCGUGGUACAGCGAGGACAGCAAGUCCUUACGGAAAGCUGAUGGUGUUUAUGACACAGGCAGCCUAAAGUCAGAGCCUUCCAGCAAGUGGAGGAAAACUCGGCUGCCGGAUGGUUCUGCGCAGGACAAGACGGGGAAAGGAGAACUGAAGAAACCUCAGAGUCUAGAACAACCUGGGAGCUUCAAAAAGGGCCGCAAUACACCUGUGGGCGUCACCUCUCCCAUCACACACACUUCACAAAGUGUGCUAAAAGUUGCAGUUUCUAAAGGAGACACUAAGGCAGUUGACAAGGUGAAAAUGUCUGUCAAGGCAACGGGUCUCCAGCGUUCACGCUCCGAUGCGGGCCGGGACAACGAGCACCGCAAGCCUCCCUCAGGUCUGGUCAAACCCUCCGCCGGAGCCUCCUUUGGUUACAGGAAACCUCCGACCACCGGAACCGCCACCGUCCUGACAGCAGGAGGCGCCACUAUCACCAGCGGCUCGGCCACUGUGGGCAAGACCCCCAAGACCUCUGGCAUCCCCAUCAAACCCGUCCCAGGUGCAGGCGGACGCAAAAACAGCCUGGACGCCAGCGGCUCCGAACAGGGGUUCCUGGCGCCCAACGCUCGCGGGAGCAUUCAGUACCGCAGUCUGCCACGGCCUGCCAAAUCCAGCGCUAUGAGCUUGACCUCUCGCCCUGUCAGCGGCAGCAUCGACGCCAGUCUCCUCACCCUCAAACCCGUACCUCCUCUGCCCAACACCAUGCCCACCAGAGGAAAAGAUGGAGGCGGCUUAAAAGCGGCUAGUCGCCCGAGCACCACUGGACCCGUCAACCAAACGGACCGAGAGAAGGAGAAGGAGAGGGCCAAGGCCAAAGCCGACCUGGAGAUCAGCUGUCUGAAGGCCGAGAACCAGACUGACAGCUGUGCAGAGACUGUGGAGAAGAUCCGCCGAGGGAGGAGGACCAGCACCAGUAAAUACCAAGAACUUAGCUCUCCGACCAGCACGCCAAGGUUGUUGAGCAGUAAGUCUCUAGUUCAUCCUCCCAGUCUGGCUCACCUAGACAAGCUCAACUCUAACAGUCUGGACUCCUGUAUCACCAUCCAUGACCUUCCUCCAAAGAUCCCUCCCUACUCCAAGCUGCAGGACCUGGCGGGCUCCCGCGUUUCCCCUCGACUCACCCCGAGCCCCGCACCGGUGCUCCACAUCGACUCUCCCAGCUGUUUCUCAGGCCAGACGCUGUCGGUCAGCAGCUCCCCCAUCCUCUACCCCAAAAUGUCUGGCCUGCACCGCAGCAUGGAGUCGCUGCCGCUUCACAUGAGCGUCCCCACCAAACCGGAUCUGGGAGAGCGGGAUGAAGCCAGGAGCACUGGGACGUGGGGCGCAGGGAGCCGGACGUCCAUCACUUUGGGCGACAGUUUACAAUCUGAUAGGAACACCUUUCCCAAGAAAGGAUUAAGUCGCUAUGGCAGUGGCCAAUCAGAGGGAGAAGUGAGGGAACGCCGUCAUUCCCACACGAUCACGAGCAUGACGGAUUCGGAGAGCCCACCACAGCUGCCCUCGCCGACACACGUGACACAGACCUUCCUGGGAAAAACACCACCGACCAACGUGGUGGCACCAAUCCCAAGUUCAGGCGCCGGUUCCCAGAUCACGCGCUCCAACAGCAUCCCGGCGAAUGACAUGGGCUACGAGCUUUACGGCACAUCUCCUCUGGGCAGCUCUCUGUCUCUGGCCGACCGACCAAAGAGCAUGAUGAGAUCCGGAUCCUUCAGAGAGCCUAGUGAAGACGUUCAUGGAUCUGUGCUGUCUCUGGCCUCGAAUGCCUCAUCCAACUAUUCGUCGACUGAAGAGAGAAUGCAAGGAGAGCAAAUCCGGUUACUGAGGCGUGAGCUGGAGUCAUCUCAGGAUAAAGUGACCAAUCUGACCAGCCAACUCUCAGCAAAUGCGAACCUGGUGGCAGCGUUUGAGCAGAGUCUGGCCCUCAUGACGGCGCGACUGCAGAGUCUGUCAGUCACUUCUGAGCAGAAGGAUUCCGAGCUACAGGACCUGAGGGAAACCAUAGAAGUCUUAAAGGUCAAGAACACAGAAGCCCAGUCCAUCAUUCAAGGGGCCCUCAAUGUUCCCGAAACCACACCCAAAGAGCUGCAGAUCGACCGUCAGAACUCGUCAGAGAGCAUCUCCAGUCUGAACAGCAUCACCAGUCACUCCAGCGCCGGCAGCCUGAAGGAACAGGAGGCCAAGAAGAAGAAGAAGAAGAGCUGGCUAAGGAGCUCCUUCAACAAGGCUUUCAGUAAAAAGGGAUCCAAAGCACCAUACGCAGAUAUAGAGGAGAUUGCAACGCCAGUCACAUCCACCCCAUCUUCACCCAAAAUCCAACAUAACGUGGAUAAUGCCUCUGCAACGGCCUCAACUUCAACAUCGGGAUCGUGCGAGGGCCCUGAGGACACUGAGCAUGAAGAGAAAGUGGUGUCAGAGUUACGCUCAGAACUGUGGGAGAAGGAGCGCAAGCUGACGGACAUCCGCCUGGAGGCGCUGAGCUCCGCCCAUCAGCUGGAGCAGCUGCAGGAGGCCAUGACCAACAUGCAGAUGACGGUGGAGAACCUGAAGGCGGAGAAUGACCAGCUGAAGACGUGUGGCCCCUCCUCCAGACCGCCAAGCUCCACCUCCCAGUCCUCCGGGCUCGGUUCAUUGGGCAUCUCAUCACCACGGCAAUCUGUGUCAUCUUUCGGCAAAACCGGCAUGGGACAAAAUGAGCCUUACCCAGAUGUCUUUCAAAGCCCCACCACGACUUUGCAGAAGGACGAAAAUCUUGUCAGAGUGUUGGUUCGCAUACCCCAUCAGCACCUAUUCAAAGACGAGGUGAAACAGCUGGAGUUUUUCAUUGGCACGGUUAAAGUCAGCGGACGGACGGACUGGUUUUCACUGGACUCUGCAGUUAUCCAGGCUUUUAAAGAGUAUUUAGCGGUGGUGGACCCCGGCUCCAGUCUGGCUCUCUCUCAGGACUCCAUCUACAGCUACAGCCUGAGCCAUCUGAAGAGGGUUCUGGGAGCGCAGCCGCCCGAGACGCCUCCUGUGCGCCUCUCUAGAGGCUCUUCCUGCAUCAGCGUGACUCUGAAAGGACUGAAGGAGAAGUGUGUGGAUGUUCUGGUGUUUGAGACGCUCAUCCCCAAGCCCAUGAUGCAGCAUUACAUCAGUCUGCUGCUAAAGCACCGGCGCUUGAUCUUAUCAGGCCCCAGUGGCACAGGGAAGACCUACCUCAGCAGCCGGCUCGCCGAAUACCUGGUGGAGCGCAGUGCUCGAGAGGUUACACCCGCCAUCACCACCACCUUCAACAUGCACCGCCAGUCCUGCAAGGACCUUCAGCUCUAUCUGGCCAAUCUGGCCAAUCAGAUCGAUCGGGAGAGCAGCACAGCUGAGAUCCCAUUGGUUGUCAUCUUGGACGAUGUGCAUGAUGCAGCAUCCCUCAGUGAACUUGUUAAUGGUGCUUUAACCUGUAAAUAUCAUAAAUGUCCAUAUAUAAUAGGAACAACCAAUCAGCCAGUGAAGAUGACCCCAAACCAUGGCUUACACCUCAGCUUCAGGAUGGUGAUGUUUUCCAAUAACGUCGAGCCAGCAAACGGGUUCCUAGUACGUUACCUGCACAGGAAGCUAAUGGAGGCUGAAGAUCCCAGGAGCGUGAAGAAUGAAGAUCUGCUGCGGGUGCUGGACUGGGUGCCCAGACUCUGGUACCACCUCCACACCUUCCUGGAGAAACACUGCACCUCGGAUUUCCUCAUUGGUCCCUGCUUCUUCUUGUCCUGUCCAGUAACAGUAGAGGAAUUCCGCACAUGGUUUAUCGAUCUCUGGAAUCACUCAAUCAUCCCGUACCUGCAGGAAGGAGCCAAAGAUGGCAUUAAAGUUCACGGGCAGAAGUCGGUGUGGGAGGAUCCGGUGGAGUGGGUCAGAGGAUCUCUGCCCUGGCCGUCUGCUCAGCAAGACCAGGCCAAACUCUUCCACCUGCCUCCCCCGAGCACAGGCCCCGGCAGCCCCAGCCAGCCAGGAGACGAUCGGCCACAUAAGGAGACGCCACCCAGCUCCGUCGAGUCAGAUCCACUGAUGGCUAUGCUGCUGAAACUACAAGAGGCUGCCAAUUACAUCGAGUCACCAGAGAAAGAAUCAGAUCCAAAACUCCCUCCUCUCUGAACAUCUCCUCCAUCUCUCCUGCUGUCCAUGUCCAGGUCCAGCUGCCCCGCACCUGCAGAUGACACUGUACUGUUACUAUAAAUGCUGUGGGUGCAUUUCACCCACUCUUUUAUUAUAUUAUUCAUCCAACCUUUUUUAUUUCAGUGGAAUGUCCCUUACAGAAAAGCACUGUGGUGGUACCAUGGUUCAGUGAUGCUAUCAGAUGGUAAUACCGUGGUACUUUCUCAUACGGGUAGUUGACUUGUUCUGCAGUAUGACAUGCUGUAC